CACUCAGAAAGCCCACGCUCGGACUGAGGCCCGGACGGGACGUGAACACACUGCUCUGUCUGCUCAGCAGCAACAUGGAGCUUCACGGCGUGCACAGAGCGCCGCGCCCGGACCGCCUGGGCGAGGACAGACGGCAGAUGCUCGACCUGAACCGCCGCCUGGAGGCCUACCUGAACCGGCUCAGGCUCCUGGAGGAGGAGAACGCGCUGCUCGCGCAGGAAGUCCAGGCGGCGCGACGCGGCGGCCGGGGAGCCCCGGCGCUCCGGAGGAGUCUGGAGGAAGAGCUGCGGCGAGCCCGGCUGGAGGUGCAGGCGGCUUGGAGGGACCGGCUCGUGGCCGAGCUGGAAGUGGGGAGGCUGGCCGAGGAGCUUCGGGCUCUGGACCUGCAGACACAGCUGGAGGCUCGGGCCAGAGCGGAGGCCAAGGCGAAGCUGGAGCUCGGCCGGAAGCAGCUGGAGGAGGAGCAGAGGGCUCAGGUGUGGCUGAGAGGGCAGGCGAGUCAACUGGAGCACGAGAUGAGGCUCCUGGUCCAAACCCAUCAGGACGGCGUGGCUCGGCUGGAGGCCGAACUGACCCGCGUCACGGCGGCGGUGCCCCGAACACCGGCUCCACGGGCCGAGCGGACGCCCGGCCUCCUGCAGCUGGGGCAGGAGUUCUCCCACCGGGCCGGCAGAGCGUGGCGGGAGGCGGCGGAGGCCCACCGGGGCCGGCUGGCCCGGCUGGAGGAGGCGCUCCAUCAGACCGGCGGCCGUCUGGCACAGGCGGAGCAGGACAGGCGCGACGGCCGGCUGAAGCUUCGGGCCCUGGAGGAGGAGGCGGCGUCCGCUCAGGAGGCCAGGCAGCGUCUGGAACAGGCUGCAGCCCAGCAGAGGGUCGAGCACGAGCAGGAGAUCCAGCAGCUCCACGAGCGCUGGCAGGACCUGGAGGCGGAGAAAGAGGAGAUGGGCCAGCAGAUGGAACGUCUCCUCCUGGAGAACCGAGGCCUGCUGCAGAUGAAGACGUCUCUGGGCCUGGAAGUAGCAACGUACAGAGCCUUGCUGGAUGGUGACGGCUUCAGGGGGGACGUCCGCAGGUUCAACCAAACACAGAACUCCUCUACUGCAGAUGCAGUUUUCAGCCCUCGAGGGGUUAAAAAGAACUACCAGAUCCAGCUGUCUGGCGGCUACAGGACAACUUCCUUCCAAUCCGCCGGUUGCAUAACAGAGCCAACCGUGACGAGCCUAACGCCGAUCUGCAGGAGGACACCUGCAGCUCCACAUGCAACUGGAGCAACACAAGAAAACCCGUACCCAAAAAUACUGCAGGGCGAGGCUGUGGAAAGCUUCCGACCACAGCAGGUUGAUGAGAAAGUCACUCAUGCUGAACCUCUGUCACCCGCCGAUGAGCUCGAGUCCACAGCAUCAGGCAGCAGAGAGGAGGAAGAGCGCCACGACAAUGUGGAAACGCCGGCCGUUGAAUCACUUGUCACUGGUCAGGUUGAGUCUGGCCUCAGCAACGAGCCGCCGUUUAAUGACGAAGUGGAUUAUCGUCAGUUUACAACGUCCAGUCUCAUGCCAGGGGAGCCCUGUGGCGUCUCAGGCAAAUCCGCCAAGAAAGUGGCUUUUGAGGGGCCGGCUGAAGAGGAAGACGCAGCAGCUGAAGAGGAAGACACACCUCAGCUCCACGCUCCAGUGGAAGCAUGGGUGGAGAAACAAACAGAGAACGAGCAAGAGGAAGACUCCGACUCUGAAACCGAGGCCAUGCUCGAGCCGACAUGCGAGUCCAGGACGAGCAGUCCAGAAUCCGAAUGUGUCUCGGAGGAAAUCGUGACAGAGUUUAACUUAGACGAAACGCAGGUGAUAUAAGGCAAAAGGUGAGAAGUUCUACGGCAGGAACAAAUGAAACAGAUGUGGAUGAUAAGCUGUACCCUGACGGAGAAGAGAUGGAUACUUGGGACAGUGUGAUCGAAAGAAAAGUCAGCCUGAAGACUGGUGAGGGAAUGA